AGAGACAGCGGACCCAUCCUCCCCUGAGCAGCAGGGCAAACCUGCUUGGGAGAGAAAUGAUCAUUCAGCGAAGUCCUCUGGCUGCUUUCAGUGAUCCUUUCUCUGCUCCAGUGACAGCAGCACAUUUGCAGGGGAAAAACCUGGAGGCUAUUCACAGGGUGCCCGAGACCUCCAAGAAGAUGAGAGAGGGAGAUAAAUGAGGCUGUUGCUCUAUAAUCUUAUGGGGACAAAGACAAGGUGACUCACUGCUCAAAAGGAAACUUUGGAUGAGGUCUCUCACCUGCCACUGUCGUGCCCUGCCACACUGGGUAAUUCUAACACAAAACCAAGGGCCAGCCAAGCCACACGUGUCAAAAGAAGACAGACAUGGCCAUGGAGCAAGCUGAGCAUAACCCAAAUGCUACUGUCAACCUCAACUUUGCUGCGAUCUACAAUCUCCACAAUGGGGAUUUAACCUCCUUGCGAAACUUCUCCUUCCCUUUCAAUUUCAGUUACAGCGAUUACGACCUGCCACUGGACAGUGAAGAUGACAUGACCAAAACCCGCACCUUCUUUGCAGCCAAGAUUGUGAUCGGGGUGGCUCUGGUUGGCAUCAUGCUGGUCUGUGGCAUCGGCAACUUCAUCUUCAUUGCUGCUCUCGCCCGCUACAAGAAGCUACGAAACCUCACCAACCUGCUGAUUGCCAACCUGGCCAUCUCAGACUUCAUUGUGGCUAUCGUGUGCUGCCCCUUUGAGAUGGACUACUACGUGGUGCGGCAACUGUCCUGGGAGCACGGCCAUGUCCUCUGUGCCUCAGUCAACUACCUACGGACCGUCUCCCUCUAUGUUUCUACCAAUGCUCUCCUGGCUAUAGCUGUUGACAGGUAUUUGGCCAUUGUUCACCCACUGAAACCACGCAUGAAUUAUCAAACAGCAACCUUCUUAAUCGCCUUGGUCUGGAUUGUCUCCAUACUUGUAGCUAUCCCAUCUGCAUACUUUGCUACUGAAACGGUGUUAUUUAUAGUGAAAAACCAGGAGAAAAUUUUCUGUGGUCAAAUUUGGCCAGUUGACCAGCAGAUGUACUACAAAUCAUACUUCCUUUUCAUCUUUGGCAUUGAAUUUGUUGCACCUGUGAUGACAAUGACCUUGUGUUAUGCCAGGAUCUCCCGGGAGCUUUGGUUUAAAACCGUACCAGGAUUUCAGACGGAACAGAUCAGAAAGAGACUUCGAUGCAGAAGAAAAACUGUUAUGGUACUGAUGUGCAUCCUGAUUGCCUAUGUUCUCUGCUGGGCACCUUUCUACGGCUUCACAAUUGUUCGUGACUUUUUCCCCACCAUCUUUGUGAAAGAGAAGCAUUAUCUUACUGCCUUUUACAUAGUUGAAUGCAUUGCUAUGAGUAACAGCAUGAUAAACACCAUGUGUUUUGUAACUGUAAAAAAUAACACCAUGAAAUACUUCAAGAAGAUCAUGUUGCUCAGAUGGAAAUCAACUUAUAAUGGAAGCAAAUCUAGCACAGAUUUAGACCUGAGAACAAGUGCAAUGCCGGUCACAGAGGAGGUAGACUGCAUAAAACUGAAAUAAAUUUUCUGCAGUUCUAAUCUCACAUAUUUUGGAGAGGAGGUAAAAAGGAAAUAAUGCCUCCUCAGAAGCUUCUCCUUUGUCUGUGGGAAUAUCCACCAUUGGUGAGAGGCCUUAAAAAGCAGCCUCCUAUGCAUUUCCACCAGAAUUCUUUUCACUGGACUGCUGUAUAAUCCCAUGACUCAGACUGAUGCUGUGCUUCAGUUCACCCAUCUGUAAACUUCAGAGGUAGACACUCAUUUUAGAGUUGUUUAAAAUUUAAGAUGAACAAAAAAGUCUAUGAAUGCAUUGAAACAUAUUACAAUGAUGGAAGAGUUGAUUGCUGAUCCUAGCAAUGAUGCUUCUUUGUUUCUUCUUCAGAGAAAUCUCUUAACCCCUUUGAGCUUAUCAUUUGUACCUUUAAGCUCUUUGGUGUCCUUUUCCUUCUGCUCACAAGAGGAAGGAUGGCAAAAAGCCCAUUAUGCUUCAUGUCAGUCUUCGUCCUCUCAGUUUACCCCUCAUGAUGAAGCUCCUUGAAGUCUACAGACCACCAGCUUUCUAUUGUCCAAUGUGCAGCACACUUAAGAAAGGCACAUUCUCUAAAAAGCUAAAUACUGCUUCAUGGCCUAGUGACAACCUCAGGUCUCUUCCUGUGACUUGUUUAAGAAUGUUGUCUAAGAAUCAACAUUCCACUCUGUAGUUUAUGUAGAGUGUUACUCUUUUAUUAUAUAUUUGGAAAUGGCACAGCUACAUAUUGAAGGGACCUGUUCCCUUCCCCCAACUCCAGGCCUCUGCUCAGGCAGGGUCAGCUAUAACAGGUUGCCCAGGAUUGUGUCCAGUUGGGUUUUGACUGACUCCAGGGAUGAAGACACCACAGCCUCCCUGGACCACCUGUGCCAGUGUUAACAGCCUUUGCAGUAAAAAAGUGUUUUCUUAUGUUCAGAUGCAAUUUCAUGUGUUUCAACUUGUUUUUCAGUGGGACCCAUAUAAAAGUACAAGAUGUUAGUGGGAAAAAAUCCACCCUGCUGAAUGGGGCCUAGACAACUUACCAAGUCUGCGUACGCCUUCAAAAUAGUACAAGUAGGACCAAAAUAGCAUAAAGAUCUUGAGACGAUCUGUCUUUCUGCAAGCAAUGGAGACAGACUCUAGGCUUCAGCAAGCUAGUCACUGGUUGAGUUGAGUAGCUCGUCUGGUCAAAUGUGAGGCAACAACUCAAGAUGAAUUCUGCAUUGCCUCCCUCCCGUGCUGUUUUUACUAUUCUGAUUUCGUGCAACUCCAGGACAGGUGUUUCUUAACUGAUAAUCGUGAUAAAGCAGGUGACAGUAGCAGUAAUACCUACUGAUUGAAACUAUACAUAAGAUAUCAUGGAUUUUUGUGUAUUGAAAUCAAGUCUUUUCUAUUGUGAUGACAAAUGCUUCCUGUUUUAAAGUAUGUGGCUUUUGUAAAUAAUUUGUCUAUUCGUGAAUUUAAAGUGAGCAGCAAAUCCUGCUAAUAAAACA